AUGUAUUACGAUUAUCAUCCCAUGGACGUACAUGCUAUUGUAUUAUUUCUCUGUGUAUGCUCUCACCUUGUGGGACACAAUGGAAUUGAAGGAGACUGGAGGAGUUUAACUAAAGAAGAAGAUUUGGAGUUGGAGGAGCGACUUAAGCAUCUCAACAAGCCGGCAGUCAAGACUAUACAAAAUAAUUAUGGAGAUAUAUAUGAUUGUGUGGACUUCUACAAGCAACCUGCAUUUGAUCAUCCUUUACUGAAGAACCAUACUUUUCAUUUUCAGAUGAAGCCCACUUCAUUACCUAAGAGAUCAAGAGAUCAAGUUUCCUCAAACGUUAGCAAACCUCUACAUAUAGGACUAAAGGGUAGGGGUUGCCCGGUUGGAACAGUUCCAAUUAGAAGAACUACUAAAGAAGAUCUCAUUAGAGAGAAACUUGCUUCAAAAAUAAUGACUCCUGCAGAUGACACCGGCGGUGCUGAUUAUGCCAUAGUUGAGACAAUAGAUGGUCCAAACAAAUACAGUGAAGCGUCAGCAGUGCUUAGUGUAUACCAACCAGAUGCCGUGGGUAAACAAUAUAGUGCAGGGCGAAUGAUGAUUCAAAAUGGGCCUGAUAGCUUACAAGUUGGGUGGAGGGUGGAUCCAUCUCUAUUUGGUGACGCACGUACUCGACUAUUCAUAUAUACGAAUGUGGAUCCAUUUCUGUUUGGUGACGCACGUCCUCGACUAUUCAUAUAUACGAAUGCAGGUCAAUCUCAUUGUUUCAAUACAAAUUGUCCUGGAUUUGUGAUUGUGGACACAGAAAUACCUCUUGGUCAAGUAAUUGAAAAGGUCUCUAUACGUGGAGGGACAUCAGUUGCGAUGGAAAUCUACAUCUUGCAGGAUCUAGCUAAUGGAAACUGGUGGCUUGGAGUUGCAAAUACAAAUCUUGGAUUUUGGCCAAAGAGAAUACUUGGUGGCGGAUUAGCAAACUUAGCUUCACAUGCUGAAUGGGGAGGAGAGGUAUUUAGUCCACCGGGCACCCCGAAACCUGCAAUGGGGGGAGGUCAUUUUCUAAUUGAGGACACCAGAUAUGAUGCAUACUUCAGGAAUAUUGCACUUAAGAGUCCAAGUGGAGGGGAUAUAAAUCCUCAAACAUAUGUGUUUACAAGCAAUAGAAAAUUGUAUGAAGUGAAAGAUGAAGGAUACCAAGGGGCUCACUUUGGGCAUCUGGUACUAUAUGGGGGCCCUGGAGGUUCCUAG